GCGCGUCCAGCAUGGCUGCUGGAGGAAGGAGCAGCAGAGGGGGAGCAGGCCGGAGCGGAGAGAAACCCCCGAGAAAACCCCCAGAACCGGCCCAAAGUUCACCGACAAGUGGAUAAAAGGAGAGCUAAGGACCCGGACACCAUGCUGGCGCAUGCGCGGUCCUGGAGUCCAGGCAGCGCUCAGCACCUACAAGCCCCGAGACUACCGUCACCACCAAUCAGGCGCCGCGCUGCCUUCUAUGUAGCUGCACUGCUUUAGGGCGCCAUGGCCACGGGAGCCCAGGGCUACCAGGGCCACGACCCAGGAGCCCAGGGCUACCAGGGCCACCAGGUCCCGGACAAGCCCCAGGGCUACCAGGGCCACGACCCGGGAGCCCAGGGCUACCAGGGCCACCAGGUCCCGGACAAGCCCCAGGGCUACCAGGGCCACGACCCGGGAGCCCAGGGCCACCAGGGCCAUGACCCGGGAGCCCAGGGCUACCAGGGCCACCAGGUCCCGGACAAGCCCCAGGGCCACCAGGGCCACCGCGACCACGUCCCGGACCAGGUCCCGGACAAGCCCCGGCCGGCGCCGGCCACCGGGAGACGCCGCAGGGCAACCGAUGGGAAGCCCAGAAAGAACUUUCCGUGCCCGGAGUGCCAGAAAGCUUUCAACAGCCUGGAGAAGCUGAAGGUUCACUCGUUCACCCACACCGGGGAGAGACCGUACCGCUGCUCGCACCCCGACUGCAGCAAGGCCUUCGUCUCCAAGUACAAGCUGCUACGGCACACGGCGACGCACUCGCCGGAGAAAAACCACAAAUGUUCAUACUGUGAGAAAAUGUUCCACCGCAAGGAUCACCUGAAGAACCACCUGCAGACGCACGACCCGCACAAGCAGGCCUUCGCCUGCCGCGAGUGCGGCAAGAGCUACAACACCAAGCUCGGCUUCAAGCGCCACCUGGCGCUGCACGCGGCUAACCGCGGCGACCUCACCUGCCAGGUGUGCCUGCAGCCGUUCGCUAGCACCGCCGCCGUCCUGGAGCACCUGAAGGCUCACGCCGGCAAGCCCUCGGGCGGCGGCGCCAACAAGGAGAAGCGGCACCGCUGCGAGCACUGCGAGCGCCGCUUCUACACCCGCAAGGACGUGCGGCGCCACCUGGUGGUGCACACGGGCCGCAAGGACUUCCUGUGCCAGUUCUGCGCGCAGCGCUUCGGCCGCAAGGACCACCUGACGCGCCACGUGAAGAAGAGCCACCAUCGCCGCGGCAACGACGAGCCGUUUAAGGUCAAGACGGAGCCGGCCGACUCGCUGGAGCCCAGCGGCGGCGGCGGCUACGACCCGGCGUCCGGCGGCGUCAAGGGCGAGCUAACGGGAACCUCGUACCCGGUUAGCUCCGUCCUGUUCCCGCCGGGCCCCACGUUUACCUCGUACCAGGACCAGAACCAGAACCUGAAGGGGGAGCUGGAGAGCUACCUGAUGGAGCUGCAGAGCGCCGCAGUGCCUUGCUCGUCUGCGGGACUCCAGUCCAAACCGGACCCCCCGGUCCCGGCGGCCCCGGCGGCCAUGUUGGAGGCCUCCCAGGACGGGGGCGCUGCUAAAACCGUCGACUCCCUGAUGGAUUUCUCCCAGCUCUUCAACUUCCUGCCCCUCAACGGGCCUCCGUACGGCCCUGUGGGGGUUCCUGGGGGGCCGGGGGGGCCUCAGGAGACCCAGGUCCAGGUCCAGGGGACCCCCCAGGGGGGGCCAGACCCCCCCCAGGACCCGAGUCCGGGACUCUCCUCCUCCUUCAUGUCCAACCUGAGGACGCCGACGACGCUGCCGAGCUUCCACCAGGCCUUUCAGUGACGCACCUGGAACCUGGAACCAGAUACACCUGGAACCACAAACACACCUGGAACCAGUUACACCUGCACCAGUCUAGGGAUGCCCUCGAUACCAUUGUUCUCGCACCGAGUACGAGUAUUUUAAUUUGUGUACUCGCCGAUACCGAGCACCGAUACGAUACUUCUACCACAAAAAUAACUAGGCUAAAAAUGCAAUGAAUUGGAAGAUUUUGUUUAAAAUUCAAUUUUAACCAAAACUCUGGCCGGGUGUUCUGCCGAUCUUUGCUCCCUGCCGAUAAAACGCUACUUUGUGGUUCUGCUGCCGUCGAUUUUCAAAGUUUGAUUGCCCAUCAUUUCCCUUCACGAUGUAAAAAUGCACAGAAAAGGAAGUGGGCUAGGAGUAAAAGAGUCAAACACAGUCACAUUGAAGCUCUACAAAAGUAGAAAACCAUUAGGUAGCAUUUUUCGGCAAAGUAGCAGAAAUGGGCAGAACACCAGGAUUUCCUCCACGGCCCGGACUCGCUGGGAGCGCUAGCACCCCGGCUAGCGCUCCGGCUAGCACCGCGGCUAGCACCGCGCCGUCAGCCCACAGUCUGUCUUGCUUGUAAAAUAUGUCCAACUGCUGAUGUCCCGCUAGCAUUAAUUGUCGCUAACCUGAAACGGCUUUUAAACAAUUUGUUCCAAUUUGAAAGACAAAUCCAGGUUUCUGACUAAAAACUCCCAAAUCUUUGAAAACAAGUUUUAUGUAAAUGAUCUCGGACACGAGUGAAAACUUGUACUUUGUUAAUUUUGGCGAGAAAAUGUGCAUUUGACUUGAUAAACUUGUACAAUUGGAAGAAAAAACUGACUUUGAAUGUAUAAAUAUGCAAAUUUGGCCAAGAAUUCUGACUUUCCCCCUAGAGGCGCUAACCAGUAGCUACAACAACAAUGAAGUAUCGGUGCGCGGUAUCGGAGAAUCUUAGCGAAUACAAGUACGAGUUUAUGAGAGCAGUAUCGGCUAUCGGUAUCGGGGCAUCCCUAAACCACACACACCUGCAUCUAAUCCCUAAACCACACACACCUGCAUCUAAUCAUACCUCUAUCCAGUCACACCUGCAUCUACACACCUGGAACCACACACCUGCAUACCUGGAACCACACACCUGCACACCUGGAACCACACACCUGCACACCUGGAACCACACACCUGCAUACCUGGAACCACACACCUGGAACCACACACCUGGAACCACACACCUGCACACCUGGAACCACACACCUGCAUACCUGGAACCACACACCUGCACACCUGGAACCACACACCUGCAUACCUGGAACCACACACCUGCAUACCUCCAUCAGUCAGACCAGACUCCAGUCACACCUGGAAACACCUGCAGUCGGAGUUCCAGGUUGGAAGUUUGACCUUUUCGCCGCCGCUGCGGCCGGAUUUCCAAACCAGCACCUGAUCCUGUUUCACCAGCCACUUUAUCAAUAACCGCAUAUGAAGAACUUGUUUUUAUUAUGUUUAUUUUUAUAUCCAGUUACAGAGAAACUACUUACCUGUAUUAGUUUUGGUAAGAACGACCAUCGCGUCGACGUCGUUUCCUCCGACGCUGACGAACUUCCCCGACCCUUUUCUGAGCACGACGUGUUGCAACUUUAGUUAUUAUUAUUAUUAUUUUACUGAGAUUUUACUGAAACGGCUCCAAACUCGGUUUUUACUUAAAGGUUGGUUAGCGUAGGUUGCUAUGUUAGCGUCGGUUGCUAUGCUACCUGAACUCACCUGUAUAAUCACCUGUGGAAGUGACGGGCGCUAACGUCCCGUUAUCGUGAGUUAGCUCGAGUUAGCUCCAGUUGGCUCCAGUUAGCUCCAGUUAGCUCCAGUUAGCUCCAGUUAGCUCGAGUCUGUCGGACGGGCGUCUUCUGUCCUGAACCGUGAUUGGCUGCUCAGGUGUUUUGGGGGCGUGGCUUCAGAAGUGUUGUCAUUUUUCAAAGAUUCGGUUAUUUCUGAUGUUUUUCUAACAUCGUGGACUUUUAUAAACUUUCCAAGUUUUUAUAAAAACUAGUUGAGACUUUAUAAACUCACAUUUAGGAGAAAACUUAUAUAAAAUAGAACAUUUAUUAGUUUACAAAUGUACAAAUCUGAAAGGGAAAAAAGUUUAAAUUCAUUUCACAUUUGUAAGAAAACUUAUGAAAUCAUGAAUUUACAAAGUCUUGAAAGAAUUAAAUUGUAACAAAGUGACAACAAAUCAUAAACCUUCGAGUUUGUAAUAUAGAACUUGAUUUUUAAACAAUUUGUUCCAAUUUGAAAGACAAAUCCAGGUUUCUGACUAAAAACCUUACAAAGUUUUAUGUAAAUAAUCUCGGACACGAGUGAAAACGUGUGUUAAUUUUGCGGGAAAAUUAGCAUUUGACUUGAUAAACUUGUACAAUUGGAAGAAAAAACUGACUUUGAAUGUUUAAAUAUGCAAAUUUGGCCAAGAAUUCUGACUUUAUAAACUUUGAAAAACCUAGACGUGAGACUUUAUAAACAUUUGAGAGACAGAAACUGAGAAUUUGUGCCUUUAGAACCGUGUACGUUUAUGGGAGAAACGUCAGAAACUGUGACUUUAUUUUCUAACGUGGAGAGUUGAGAGAGAAACGCUGCUGCAGGAAGACGCCUGAACGCACCACGAUGAUGCUGCUUUUAGAUGGAAACAGGACAGAUUUGAAAAUGUAAAGUUCAAAUUCAAUUUGAGAAAUAAGAGGAAUUAAGUUAAUUAAGCGACGGUCGUCCCCAGGUGCUGUUUCCAUGGCGACGGCCUCUGAACCACGAAGGGAGAGCUUCAGGUUCUUUCAGCUCAGAAUCAGCCAGUUUACCCAGAAUGCCUUGCAGGUCUGACCUCCACCUGGUGCCUUAUUUGAAGCGAUGUCGGUUUAGUGAAGGUCGUUUAUGUUGUCGUCCCCGUUUCCUGGUUAACGAAGCAUCCUCCCGUAGCCUCCCGUGCCUAGCCUAGCCUAGCGCCGCCUAGCCUAGCACCACCUAGCCUAGCACCACCUAGCCUAGCCUAGUGCCACCUAGCCUAGCCUAGCACCCCCUAACCUAGCCUAGCGCCACCUAGCCUAGCCUAGUGCCACCUAGCCCAGCCUAGCCUAGCGCCACCUAGCCCAGCCUAGUCUAGCACCACCUAGCCCAGCCUAGCCUAGCGCCACCUAGUCUAGCCCAGCCUAGCCUAGCGCUACCUAGCCUAGCCUAGCCUAGCACCACCUAGUCCAGCCUAGCCUAGCACCACCUAGCAUAGCACCACCUAGCCCAGCCUAGCCUAGCACCACCUAGCCUACCACCGCUAAGCCUAGCCCAGCCUAGCGCCACCUAGUCUAGCCCAGCCUAGCCUAGCGCUACCUAGCCUAGCGCCACCUAGCCUAGCCUAGCGCCACCUAGCCUAGCCUAGCACCACCUAGCCUAGCCUAGUGCCACCUAGUCUAGCCCAGCCUAGCCUAGCGCUACCUAGCCCAGCCUAGCCUAGCACCGGAACCUCCUGCUGCUCUGGAUUCUUGUCUCCACAUGCGGCGGAAUCGAACCGCCGUUGCUGCUCAGACGAGGCUCGUCCUCGACCUCAGCCUAGCCUAGCCUAGCUAGCUGCUCAGCUUGGAUUCUCACGUUUCUGCUUCUACGGGAAAAUAAUGUUCUCAGUCGUUUCCACGGAGACGCGCCUUAAGGACGCUAGCUGCUACUGACGCUAGCUGCUACUGACGCUAGCUGCUACUGACGCUAGCUGCUACUGAAACUUCAGAAAAACUCUCAACCGAGUCCUAAUAACUCUCCGCUCUGAAUCUCCUGAAGGUUUGUUCGUUCUACAGAAACUUCUAGCACAUUGCUACUCGUUAUUUUUUGGUAAUCGCAGCACUUUUAUCUCCUCCAACACCUUGUUUUUAAAGCGUAUUCCAGAUGUGUAGAAAUAUAUUUAGCUUUUUCUAGAGGAUGUAAAUACCAGAUGUUUAUUUUUGCAGGUACAGUUUGUUUGACGUUGUUUUCUCGGUUGCUUUUAUUGCACAAAAACUCCUCCGUUUUCCUCACCGAGGUCGCCUUCAGGUGCAGGUCCGGUUACCCCGGUAACGGGCCGUAGCCACGCCCACCUGGACCCGGACGGCUAGCCUAGCCUAGCCUAGCCCGGUGAGGCUUCAAACCCAUAAGCUCCGGCGUUUCCAGUGAACUACGUUAGAAAAACUGCAAAUCGUCGGGGUUUUCGGAACUAGCUGCUAACAACCAUUAGCUGCUAACAACCGUUAGCUGCUAACAAGCGUCCGGCGCCCCUCGCGGCUCCGGACCUUCUUUUCUACUCGUGUUUUUGUCUGUUUGAACUGAACGUCCCGUCGUUCCGACGUCCCAGACAAGACCCCAAUAUCUGGGAGGGAAAAUGUCAAAAAUCAUAAAGAUUGUGAACUUGGUGACAAGUUUUUGAUAUUUGGCAUGUUAGUUAUGACAUAAGGUUUUCAAAAACCACCAAACAAAUGGUGACGCCCCCUAGUGGCCGGUUUGCAGAACAUUCUAAAUAUCUCCCGCCGAAAAGACCAAAGGUCAAAUCUCAGCUUCUCUUAGUCCUAGAUUGUUGUUUAUCGUCACUUUCUCUACUUUUUUGGUGCUAGGAAUUCAAUUCUGAGAUAAAUGUCCUAUUUCAAGGUCAUGUUGAAGGUCAAAUGUCAAGGUCAUGUUGAAGGUCAAAUUAAAUUUUCAAGGUCAUUUUUUGCCCAAAAAUCUCCAUAUCUCUAGAAUGAAGUCACAUAGAAAGAUUAUAUAGGGCUCUAGAUCCAUAUUUUCACCCCCAAGGAAGGCAGUUUUAACUUUUUUCUCGAGAUUGUACUUCAACAUUUAUCUCAACAUUUCCACUUUUUUCUCAACAUUUCCACUUUUCUAUUAAAGAAAACAUUUCCAAUCAAAGAAAAACAGUUUUCAAAUGUAUUUUUUUGAGUCUCAAAUAUUUUUUUUUGCAUUCAAACACUUUUUUUCUUUGAUUGAAACAAUUUUUUUGAUUGAAGUAACUUUUUUUUUAAUUGAAAAUAUAGUUUUUGAUUGAAGCAAUCUUUUUUCUUUGAAUAAUUAAGACACUAUCUUCUCACUUAUUGAUUCAUUUUGAAUGUUCUGCAAACCGGCCACUAGGGGGCGGUGGUUUUUGAAAACCUUAUGUUCAAAACACCAAAUAUCAAAAACUGGUCACCAAGUGCAGGAUUUCCAUGAAUUCCCUCCCAGCUAGGAGGACGGGUCCCGGACGGGCCCCAGAUUUUGGACCCGGUCCCGGACGGGACCCUGAUCCCGGACGGGCCCCAGAUUUGGGACCCGGACUCGGUCCCGGACGGGCCCCAGAUUUGGGACCCGGACUGGGACCUGGUCUUCGGGCCUCGGGCGUUCAGAGCCAUUCCAGUGUCGGACCCGGAUCUCAGACUAAACUCUCCAAACUACUGUCGUACUCGUUGUAAAAGCACGUAAACGUAUAGAAGUAUUCCAUGUUAAUGUGUUUAAUGUUUAUAGGUGUAAAGUAACUAUUAAAGCCGCAGCUUUGAUCUGUUCUGUUUUUACGUGUGACAUCAUCCAAAGAACCAGAUUAUUUAAUAACCUGAUUUUAUUUCACAUAUUUGCUGCUAUGAGGAGUUUCUGACGACGACUCUGUUUUUACUCGUGUUUAUGAAAAAAGUUCAAUAAACUC